AACACGCGUGCUUGCCUCGUGUGACCCAGAUAUGCUUGAAAGCCACCUCUGGACGGAACGCUGUGAAAAUGGAGCUCAUCAAUACAGGCUUUUCUGUGCCCAAGAGGUGGGAGUUUGGCUCGACAGACAUCAUUGUGCCGGAGCUGUCUUUUGGUGCCUCUGGUCUGGGUCUAGUGAAGGAAGGCAGUGCUGAAGAGGAAGAUGCUGUGUUCGCAGUCCGCAGCGCAGUUCAAUGCGGCGUGAAUUACUUCGACACAGCUCCGUGGUAUGGGCAGGGCCGUUCCGAGAUUGUUCUCGGAAAGGCCCUUGAAGGAAUUACCCGAGAUGCAUUCUACGUGGCCACAAAGGUAGGUCGUUACGAGCCGGACUGCGAGCGUAUGUUUGACUUCAGUGGCAGCCGGACAAUGAAAAGCGUCCGGGAGGGACUGGACAAGAUGAAGCUCAGCUACUUCGACGUCGUCCAGGUUCACGACGUCGAGUUUGCACCAAGUAUCGAUGUGGUUAUCAGUGAGACCCUGCCUGCCCUGGAAAGCCUUCGGCAGGCCGGAAUAAUUCGCUGCAUCGGCGUCACUGGCUACCCGCUGCACACGUUGAAGGAGGUGAUCGAGCGGAGUGCUGUUCGAGUGGACACUGUUCUCAGCUAUUGCCGUGGCACACUCUUCGAUGACUCACUGGCGAGCUACUUGCCCUUCUUUCAGAGAAUGGGCCUGGGCGUGGCCAAUGCAGCACCCCUUGGCAUGGGCCUGCUGACCUCAUCACCCCCGCCUGCCUGGCACCCGGCGGCAGAAGACCUAAAGAAGGCAUGCGCUGAAGCUGCGAUCUUCUGUCAGGAAGCCGGUUACAGCAUAGAGAGACUUGGACUGCAAUACAGUUUGACCAAGUUCCCUGGUGUUCACACUACCAUAGUCGGAAUUAACAGCACGGAAGUUCUGCACAAGAAUAUAUCCUGCUUGGGCGUGGUAACUAAAGAAGAACAGAAGAUCGCCCAGGAGGUUAAGGAAAAGUUUUUUCAUAAACCAACCAGCAACCACUGGGAAGGCGUCGAGAUCGGUAAGAUACGGCGAAAACUUGCCAAGCGCCGGUCCAACCUUGUCCGGGAAGUCUUUCUACCUGGGGAUGAAGCUUGCCACUUGACAGAGUGAUUCCAUGUCGGGGAGGAUGUGAAGGGCGUGAACAAGCAUGAAGACAAGUUGUAACCACCUGCGGAGCCCGUGACCUCGGUUCGUGUGAGGAAUUAUGGCGUUUCAGGCAUCUCUUACCAUGCGCCACGCGCAUGGGUCUGCAUCAUGAGUGCAUUACUUUGCGAUUCUGGUCAUGUCAUUCAUAGAGCAGUCUUGCGUUUGGGAAGCAUCCCCCCAGAGACCAAUCAUCUAUUUCUACCACGAUUCGGCAUUAGAGCGAGCUCCACGCCCGUUCAUCCGUCGACUGAUUACUGACAGGCCUCGUUUCUAUAUCUCUCCUCGACGUUUGUGGCCGCAACGUGUGAUCACUUGAAUUGAAAGGCGAACUAGCAAAAAUAAAAUGUUU